CAUUGUGUCGAGUGAUAGUCGAAAUGAAUCCGAUGAUCUUAGGUUUUGUGGCAUUGUUGGCCGUUUCAGUCAAUGCUGGCGUAGCUCAUCAUCAUGAACAAAAUGAAGGUUAUCAAACACCAUUCCUGCCAAUUGCUGGACCACAAUCGUCAAGCGCAGGCUACGAGGUAUCUGAACCAUCGCCAGUUGCUCAAGCUUAUCAAGCUGCUCCAAUUCAAGCCGGUCAUAAUGAAGUCUCUGCCCAAUACGAAGCCGCUCCACAAUAUGCAGCCGCUCCACAGUAUGAUACUACUCCACUUGUCCAAUCAAUUCAUGUCGAUCAACACGUUCAACCAGUUGUGCCACCACAGCCAACCGUUCAUCUUCAAAAAACUGUCAUCAAACACAUUGAAGUUCCAUACCCAGUGAACAAAUACGUUAAAAUUGACCGCCCAGUGCCAUACUAUGUUGAUCGCCCUUACAAAGUUGACCGACCAUAUGAAGUGGUCAAAUACAUUGAAAAGCCAUACAUUGUGAAAGUCGAACGGAAAGUGCACGUUCCAGUUAUUUCAAAGGUGGCCGUUCCACAUCCAAUUGUCCAAAUCGAACCAAUCGUUGCCCAACCAAAACUCGUUCACGCUCACGAAUACAACGCUAAUCAUCAUUCGUGGUAA